CAUUGGUCGAGCCCAGAAGACUCUACACAGUGUGGCAGGACCACCGAAGCCAUUUUAUUAUAAUAACAGCAAAGGUGCAGGUGCAUCAAAAUAUAUUUUUUAUAGCCACAGGUGUAAUUUUAGAGCUCAAGUUACCAUGGGACAGUGUGGAAUUACGUCAUCCAAAACCGUCUUGGUUUUUCUCAAUCUCAUAUUUUGGGCUGCAGCUGGAAUUUUAUGUUACAUUGGAGCUUAUGUGUUUAUCACAUAUGACGACUACGACCACUUCUUUGAAGAUGUGUACACAUUGAUUCCUGCUAUCGUGAUAAUAGCAGUUGGAACUCUUCUCUUCAUUAUCGGCUUGAUUGGCUGCUGUGCAACAAUACGUGAAAGCUCCUGUGGUUUGGCAACUUUUGCUGCCAUUCUCCUGCUGGUAUUUUUAACAGAGUGUGUGGUGGUGGUGCUUGGCUACAUAUACAGGGCAAAGGUAGAAAAAGAGGUGAAUCACUCCAUCCAGAAGGUUUACAACGAAUACAACGGAACCAACACCGAUGCUCCAAGCCGUGCAAUUGACUAUGUGCAGAGGCAGCUUCACUGCUGCGGCAUUCACAACUACUCUGACUGGAGGAACACGCGCUGGUUCAAAGAAUCUAAGAACAACAGUGUCCCAGUCAGCUGCUGUCAGCCCAGCAUCAGUAACUGUAGCGGCAUUCUCACCCGACCAGCAGAUCUCUACCAAGAGGGUUGUGAAGCUCUUGUGGUGAAGAAGUUAAAGGAGAUAAUGAUGUAUGUCAUAUGGGCUGCACUUACCUUUGCAUCUAUACAGAUGCUGGGCAUGCUCUGUGCCUGCGUGGUGCUGUGCAGGAGGAGUCAUGAUCCAGCGUACGAGCUGCUGGUCACUACCAACAGCUACGCCUGAAGGACGUAGCCAACCAACAAAACACUAAACGUCAAAAUCAAAAGGAGUGUCACCAGACAUGUCCACAGUAGAUUUCAGCUGUAGUUAUAUAAGCUCAAGCACACCUUGCACAAUUCAUGAUAAAGUAGUGAACACAUAAUGUGGUUUGGGUGGGUGGGGGCUUCAACUGGUAACCGGUUAUUUAUUGACACGCUUUAUUACUGUUUCUUUAAAUGUUCUUUUUAUUCUCCUCACAAAUUCUGAAAUAUUUACAGAAGCCAAAGUUGUAUAUGGCUUACUGACAUUAUUGAUGUUAAUGCAUAUUUCUUUUUCCAUUCAAUUGUGGCUUGAUAAAAUGUAGGCUCAUACCCAAUGAGGAGAAUGAGAAGCAAUUGAAAGCAAUUAUAUGUAUAAUUUCACAGUUAGGGAGUGUAUGGAAUGUAUUUCCGUGUGUGCCACUUUGCACUUCAGCUGGAGCUCUGGUGAUAUGUCAUGUUUGGAAAAGAAAAUGCUGUGCUAAAAAGAACAUGGACAUUAUACCUAAAUUGGUUUGACCAGAUUUUGUGAAAAUG